AAGACAGAGAGGCGACGCGCGCGGUUGGAACUGGCGGCGGGGGGGCAGCCGAACAGGUCCGGCCCUUUGCGGCUGGCGCCCGACGCAUGGCGGCGGAGCCGAGCCUUCUGGAGGUCGAGGAGUUCCUCUCCGCCUGCGAGCUGGACCUUGCCGCCGCGGACGAGCUGAGGUUCUGCGCCGGGGAGGUGAAGGCCGCCGUCCUGGCGGCCGGCGCGCUGGACGCCAGCUGGAACCCGUCCGAGGAGUUGCUGGCCCGGAUCCGCGCCGCCAGCAACGGCGAGUCCGGCAACGUGGGGCUCGCGGCGGAUGAAGGCACCAUCGCCAGCGCCGUCGAGGCCCUCGCGGGCGUCGAGGAGUUCCUGGUGCUCAGCGGCGUGGACGAGAAGGCUGCCGAGGAGCUCAGAGGCUGCCCGCCGGAGAUUCAGGAGC